AUGGCGACUCCGUUCUCUAAAAGCAACCUGGGUACGACACCCAACCAGUUCACGUCUUCUCCUCACCCGUCGGCAGUCCCAAUGGGACGCCCACUCUCACACAAGUCCCCUUCUAUGAGAACACCUUCAGCCUCAGGUCCUGGGCAUCAAAACCAUCCUAGCAUUUCAUCUCACCAAUAUCCCACUCCUCUCCCUGUUACGACAGCCGCAUUAGAGGAUGCAGCUGUAUUCAGUUCUCCAUCAGCGCUUUUGGCACUUGGUCUAGGCGGGAUCACCCCAUCUCCAGCGCCCAACGAUGCCCUUGGCGGCCAGGGCUUCAAUGACGGUGAUUUGCAUUCAAUCGCAAUUCCGCCGCUGAAUAUCACUGGACCAAAGGAUAUCGAUGAAGAGCGGAAGAAGCGAAUAGAUGAAGCUGUGCAGUUACUUCGGACCCGCGUUGCCGGGCGAGGUGUGAGCCGUGAGGGCGUUGAGCGGCUCGGCAGGCUUGAAGGUCUCGAAUGUAUGUGGCAAGAUAAUGAUUUGAGCAUAGCAGGGAACUCUGUUGACCUGGAGAUUGGGUUCGAACCUGGCCAGGAGACUGUGAAAGAUGUGACAUUGAGGUAUGCCACUCACGACGCACCGGAAGGGGAGCGAAGGGUGGACGCAUCAGAAGUGUUGAAACGAAACCUGCAGCAAGCGCCUGACGAGCAGCAGCCUCAGCAUUGGAAAUCCAUGACUGGAUUUCAUGAAAAUCUGCGGCGCUUAGCCAGGCUCGAUCAGCUGAGCAGGGAAAUAAAUUGUUUUGAGGCUCUCGAGGGAAUCUACGAAUGCUUACAAAAAGUCUGGGAGGAGGAAAAACGACAGGGUAUGCAGGCAGGUCAAUUGGAUCACAUAUGCAAGGGAUGGAUUGGCAAGCCUUACAUGCACCGGGGCAAGCAUAUUGGACUAGAGCUAGAGUACUGGGUCGAACAGAGGCGCAUACUUGAGGCCAAACGUGGUCCGUCGGAAGAUGCGAUGGAACUUGACGAUCCGGCUCAAGAAGACGAUAAGGGGCUCCAUGCCGCUGGCAACUUUUGGGGGGCCAAUAUCGAAUGCGAAACUGGAUACCCAUCGCUUCGCGUGUCGAAAGAUUGGAUUGAAUCCGAAGUUUUCACAGUUAUCAGUAACGAAGAUGGUACGGAACACGACCAUAUGAUCAAAGUGAUCAAUUGGUCCGAACCCCCUGCCACGUUAAUAUCUUCUCUAAACAAUAAUGCGGUGGCCCUGGAGCCAACGAUGUUAUCCUCAACGACGCCUAAUAUACGAUUUGUUGCGCGGCUUGAUCCGCCGGUUGAUAUGCCCAUAUUUGCUGCCGCUGAGAUCUUCCGUAUUUUAGGCGUGAAUAUGAUGCAAGAAUUCAAAUCAAACACUUAUGAUAGCCUUGUGGUUUCUUCACAGGGAGACUUGCUUAAUUACACCGAACCCGAAGGAAAGCAGCUCCAGCAUAGAAAGGAAAUUAGCACUUUUGAUGCUGAUGGAAAGUCGAUAAAACGACAACACACAUAUACCUUUAAUGCGUUUGAACAAGUCCCAGGCCGAACGAUCCGUGAUCUACCCUUUUCACACCCUCGACAAUUAUCGGAGGUCGUCCCUAUUUUACGACAAUACGCGUUUCUCUCAUCACUUCUACGACGAACCUUUGCUGAUUCUAAAAAGGAGGCCAAAAACAUUUCCGGCAGGCCUGCUCAAGAAACGUUUUCCCCUCCGCUCUACCGAGAAUCGAGACCAAAUGGAUAUUUUAUCAGCAACAUCAACCCCACCGAACAAAGACUGGACGCACUACUAAGGAAGGGACACAACAAUUGUAACCCAUCACAAGAAGCCAGCCCUGGACUCGCCACCAAGGAACUUCGAGUUGACGUCUCGCUCAGAACACCAAUGUCAUUCCAGCCCUCGAUUCUCCUCGUCUUCAACAUCGACGAGGACUCGGUGACGGCCCAAUCUCGUUCAGCACGAUUGACACCUCGACAGGCCAUGAUUGGUGUCGACAUCGGCCUCAAUGGGGAUAUUAACAUAUCACAUCUUUCCGGCUUAUGGCCUGACACAACUGACGAUGUCCUUGAGGAGGAACGCGCAGCGGAAACGACGAGAUUACGUACGCAGAUUUCGCGAGUGCUUGAAACCUGUGAGGAUUUUGGAACGUUGGUUGAGUGGGUUCUCAGGCGGAUGAGGAAGCUGUCAUAG